AUGGGUGGUAGAAAAGUCGCAGUUCAACCCAUCAACGUCAUAUUCAGUCAUCUACAAAAGCAUACUCGGAUCACAAUAUGGCUUUAUGACAGUAAUGAAUUCCGUAUAGAGGCAUUUAUCGUUGGCUUCGACGAGUUCAUGAAUCUCGUGUUGGAUGAAGCGGAGGAAGUGUAUGAUUGCGCUGCGAAACCCGGCAAGCCUGUGAAACCACGGAGGGAGUUAGGUCGGAUCCUACUGAAAGGGGAUAAUAUCACAUUGAUCCAACCUGCACAAACAGCUUAG